AUGGGUGAAGAGGGCUCAGGUGUCCACUUCGCAACGGUAGAAGCAUCGGCGUCCCGACAAGAGAGCCCCACCACGCCGGUUACUCCGGUGGGACGAAUGGCACCCCUGGUCGAAAUACCUCCUACACCUCUCUCACUUUCCAUGGAGGAGGUUCAGAGAAUGGUGAGUCAGGCCGUGCAGCAAGAUCGAGCUAGCAGAAGGAUCACUAAAGUCCGUCCGCCUCGCAAUGUGGUGCCGAGGACCCCUCUCUGGGAUGAGGGAAUGAAUGUGGGGCCCUCCGCUAGGUCUUCUAUCCCGCCUUUGAGACAGCAGCGAGGUAACCCAUUCUCGGCGGAGAUCAUGGCUUCGGAUUUGCCAGUAGGGUUCCAGGCUUUGGAACACCUGGCGUACGAUGGGACGACAGAUCCUUGGGAUCACAUAAGUCGAUUUCAGACCACGUCUUAUUUACACCGGUUCUCGGAUGGGAUUAUGUGCCGCGCAUUUGCGACCACGCUGCGAGAUGCAACCCAGUUAUGGUUCGGACAGCUGGCGGAAGGGUCAGUGCGAGACUUCGACACUUUCAGUGCCAUGCUGUUAGACCACUUCGCUAGUUCUAAAAAGCAGAAGAAGUCGGCUCUCACCCUGUUUGGAGUUCGGCAGGAGGAUCGGGAGCCUUUGAGGAAUUUUAUACGUCGCUUCACAAAUGUCAGCCGAGAAGUACCGGGCCUAUCCCAGGAUGUGCUCAAUAAUGCCCUCAUGCAGGGGUUGAGGGAUGGAGAAUUGUUUAGGUCGUUGGCUAAGCGGGCGCCGACGACGUAUGACGAGCUCUUGAAGCGAGCUGAGAAUUACAUCGCAAUGGAGGAGGCAAAGAAGAUGAAAGAACAAGAAACCGCGGUGGUUCCUGUCCAUGAUACCCCGGUAAGGAGUCCCCCACGUGAAGAGAACUUACCUAGGCAGCAACGUCAUCCCGCAGCUCGCGCAAUCCCAGUACCGGAGCAUCGGAAGCCUCGAUAUACGAGCUACGCCGUCCUCAAUAAAUCACCAACCCAAGUUUUGAUGGCGAUAGAGGGAGGGUCAGACAUUCGUUGGCCAACGACGUACCAGAAGACCCCGCCGCCGCCGCAAGGCUCUAGCGAUGACGGGUAUUGUCGGUACCACAAUCGGUACGGUCAUCGUACCAAUGAAUGUGGUCAUCUUAAGGACAAGCAAGAAAGGUUAGCCCGGCAGAGUCGAAUAGAUCAGUUCGUCAAAACACUGGCGGAGGGGCAUACUGCUGGUAGGCAUGUCCCGCAACCCCGCGCCUCGGUGGAGCCGAUAAACCGCAUUAUAAUGAUCAUGGGAGGGCCAACGGAUGGGGACUCGCACAGGGUGAGGAAAAAGUAUGUCCGGUCGGAGAAAAGGGCCUUCACGGGGGAAUGGAUCCACCAAGUACGGGAAUGCUCGCCAACCAUUUCGUUCGGAGAAGAAGACAAGCUAGGGGUAGUUCGCCCCUACAGCGAUGCUUUGGUGAUAACCGCGCAUCUAGCGGGAUACGAGGUAUCCAGGGUUUUUGUCGACAAUGGUAGCUCGGUGGAUAUCCUGUAUAAAGAAUGUCUAGACCAGAUGCGUCUAGGAGAAUUAAAUGUUAGCCUGGUAAAAACGCCGGCUAUGGGUUUUCGGGUGAGGAAGAGGUGGCCAUUGGCGAGGUGUCUUUACAGAUAA